AAUCAAUCUGGCACUUCUCCUUCUCCUUCUUCGUUUCCUUCGUUGGGAUCCUUUAAUUGGAGAGACUCUUUUUCCGUUCGACUUUCAUCGAAUUCCUUGGUUUAAUUUCGCUCAAAUUUCUGAAAUUUCGUGUCUUCUACUUCGAUUUGGAAUCCGGAAUUUGACGAACCCGAAAUCAAUCUCCAUCGCUCUGUGUGGUGAUUACUAUGGCGGCCAUGGAAGGAGGAGGAGGGACGCUUUCUGAGAUAUACCAGAGUGCGAAGAGGCUCCUGUUGAGGACCCGAGAUGGGCUUGAGAAACUUGAGCGUCUUGAGUACUCUGCGCCCAGCGGCGACUCCCCCGACCUCUCUUCCUCCAUCAAGAGGGAUAUUACUCAGAUCCAGUCCCUCUGCGUUGAAAUGGAACGCCUCUGGCGCUCCGUAGCCGCCAAGUCUCAACGUGAUUUGUGGAAAAGAAAGGUGGAACAGGUUGCUGAGGAGGCCGACUCUAUGAAGCAGAGUCUGGACAAAUAUUUUCUUAGAAACCAGAAGCGGAUGAUGGAAGCAAAAGAGCGAGCUGAAUUGCUUGGAAGAGUUAGUGGAGAUUCUGCUCACAUUUUAAGGAUUUUUGAUGAUGAGGCUCAAGCCAUGAGCUCAGUUCGAAGUUCGUCACGGAUGUUAGAAGAGGCUAGUGCGACUGGAGAAGCAAUCCUUUUAAAAUACUCUGAACAGAGGGAACGCCUGAAGAGAGCACAAAGGAAGGCACUGGAUGUGCUCAACACAGUGGGGCUCUCCAAUGCAGUACUCAAACUGAUCGAGAGACGGCACCGAGUUGAUAAUUGGAUUAAAUAUGCAGGCAUGAUUUUAACUGUCGUAGUUGUAUUCGUAUUUGUUCGAUGGGUACGAUGAUUUCCACAUACUGAUUGUCGGACAAUUCGAUCUAUGCUGGCUCCUUGAAGGAUACAUAUUGAGGCUGCUUUAAUUUGGCCUCCCAGUGUAACACUUCUGCAGGUUUCACUGCCAUCUAGAAGACAAAAUUCUAUACACUAAAUAGACUACUUAGGAAGCGCACGAGCACAGCUACUAUGGAAGACGACCUUCAUGUCGAGCUUGGCAAUUGCGAUUACUCGACGACAAGUUUUCAGGUAAUCUGCAGAUUAUCUUCUGGGUUGCCAUCGUUAAGUUCUGAUUCUAAAUGCAUGGAUCUACCAGAAGGAGCUGCUUUAUGAUGGUGCUGAUUCCAGGCUCUUUUCAGUAAACACUUUAUGAACUUCUGAAGUUUUUUGGUGCCUUAGUUCUCAAUUAGUUUUCUUUUUAGUACUAUAAUUCAACUGGGGGAGAUAGUUUUGGUAUAAAUGUCUUGAUGAGUCGAGCUAUGUUCAGAUCAACGUCUUUUCAAUUUUCAAAGGUAGGGUAUUGGUAUGGUUCUUAAAGUGCUUAAAUAUGUAAAUUCUACUUGUGUGACCAUUUUGCCCCAAGUUUGAUUCAAAAUUCCCCAAAUUUAGGUAAGAUCAAUCUUCAUUGUGUUGAAUUAUGAAAAAAGUUUCAGCAA